AUGGCCUCGGUCGUGCGAUCAACGGCCCUUCGUGCGGGCGGUGCGUGUGUGCGCUGCCGGAAGGGCAAGACCAAGUGCGUUUACGAAAACGGACGCGCGCCCUGCAAGAACUGUGCCAAGGGCAUGCAUGAGUGCUAUCUUCCUUCCGAGUCCAUGAGCCACGGCGGCCAUGGUGUGUCGCCUGCACGCGUCCAGCAGCGCGCCAGAGAGUCACUACCUGCUGAUCGGACUGUUGCCAACACCUCAGCCGAUCGCCAGGUGCCGCCCUCGUCGGCUGUGUCGCGUCAUGUCGCAACCACUGUUGAAAAGCUCACUCCUGAGCUCGUGCAAGAAUGCGAGCGCGUUAUCAACAAAACGCUCCCGGCCUGUGUUGUCUUCCACAAGCCGUCGUCGCUCCAGCAGCUGAAGAAUGCCUCCCUUGACCCCACUAUGGUCAAUGCCCUCCUUACCACCGCAGCCCGGCACUCGCCCUUGAUCAUCCGCCGCUACGGCGCCCAUGGGGGCGGCACUGCUGCGGCCGAGCACUUUGCUGCGAAGACCAUCAGCCUGAUCAUGCAGAGCCUGGACCAACCCAGCCUUGCCGACAUCCAAUCUUUGUGCCUGCUCGUCAUCCAUGAAUGGGGCUGCCGCAAUGCUGUGCGCGCUUACAUCUACCUUGGCCAGGCUGCCCGUAUGGCCCAGAUGUUUCGCGUCGUCCAUACCAACCCUCACCAGGCCGACCCUGACCAGUUCCUCCAGGACGAGUCCUUCCGUCGUACUCUCUGGCUGAUCUACGUCCUCGACUGUUUCCUGACCAGCAGUCCUGGUCGCCACCCCGCUCUGUCGGCCCACGAUGUCAAAGAUGUCUCCCUGCCUUGUACCGACAUGAAUUAUAACUUUGGCAGCCCUGUCUAUGUUCGCACCCUGAAUGGUGCCCCGCCGCCUUACAUGCCGGAUCCGACCGCUCCUCUAGGUGAAGUCGGUGAGUUUGGCCACAUCGUCCUGGCUACCAAAGCUUGGCGCAAUGUGGUUGAGAUGAUGACCACCACCACCUUGGAGACUUUCUCCGAGGAGCAGUGUUUACUGUUGGAGCAAGAGAUCGAUAUGCUUCGCCAGUCUCUUCCGCCUCAUUUGGCCGAUAAGCCUGGCCAGAUCAACCUUCAUAUUACCAUGGGUAGUGGCUAUACAUAUGCCAUGAUCCAUUCUCUCCUCAACUGUGCCACCAUCUUCGUCAACCGCCGCCGCAUCCUCCAGGUUGUAACUGAUGAAAGCUUCACUCUUGAGGCUUGGCGCAUGGCUGGCCAUUCUCAUGUUCAGGCUGUUGACCGCAUCUUCGCCGCUUCUCACAGCAUUGUCCAUUCGCUCCUGGCCUUGGAACUCGGCGCUGAUAAGGACAGCAUUCACUGCUUCCCCAUUUUUAUGCUUUUCGCCGCCUUCACUGCGGGAUCGACCGUGGCUUACCUCACCCUCAAGGGUCUUGCCCCUCAUGAUGCUACUGUCACUGCCUCCAACCUUGUCCGAGACAGUCUCAGGCUCUGCCAGGAGGGCUCCGAGUCAUGGCCUCUGGUUAUCCCCUGGCAGCGUCAUCUCCAUGUCAUGUCCAAGGUCCUGCGCGACGUUAAUAGUGGCUCGCGCGACCUGCGUGAUUCUCGCGAGGGCAGCAAGCCCGUUCAUCGCGUCUCACCUUCGGUCAAGGAUGACGUCUUGAGCCAGGCCGAGACCAACCCUGAUACCAUGGAUUAUGAUCAAGCUGGCGCUGCUGGUUCUCAGCAGGGCCUUGAAUCCCGGGAAGCUGAAGUUACUAUUCCUAGGCGCCCUGGUAUUACAACCAUCAACGGCGCCUCGGCUGGCUCCUCUACUCCGGCUACUGCCAGCCCUCCUCCUGCAGUCCCUGUCAAGGUAGAUUCUCCUGGUGCUGCCUCUGCAGCCUCGGCUGGCCCUGUUCCCCAGGCCAUCCAUCCUCCCCCGGAGGUUGACAUGACCGCCAUGGAAUUGUGUGCCGCUUUCGAGCGCCAGCUUCUUGAACUUGAUGAUCUAGCAGCCUUUAUGGGAGGUGGAGUUGCUCCCAGCUAG